AUGAUUGCCAAAAAUCACACCACCAAUUGUUGCACAAAACACUCGCGACGCCAUCCCAGGAACCGAACAUUACCCACACACGAUUUGGAGCCACGAACGAACACCCCAUCUCUUCCCGACGCGCCGCCGUCACAAACACAACGAAGAAAUUGUCAUGCCGCCCACUACACCGAAAACGUACUGUUCCAGAUUUUGCCCGUGACGCUAUACGGAACACACAAACAAAUAACGACAUACGCGUUCAUUGACGACGGCGCCAAUGUGUCCAUGCUGGACGAGGACGUUGCUCGCGAACUCGGAGUACACGGGAAACCGGAGAUUUUAAAAAUUCAGUGGCUUAAUAACCAAAACAUAAACGAAAAAACAGAAAAAAUUAAUUUGGCAAUUAGUGGUGUCGGUGGGUACAACAACAAGUACCCGAUAACCAAUGUUUACAUUUCGUCCAAUCUGUCAUUGCCAAUACAGAGUUGCCAUCUGGCUCAUUUAAUUAAAUCCCGUGAAAUCGACCAAAUCGCCGAAAUCCCAUUCCGGGAUUAUUCGAAUGUACAACCUAAACUAAUAUUAAGCUUGCAACAUUCAUUUUUAACAGUUCCCUUGGAAGCUCCUCGUAUGAUGACCGAUGUUGGACCAAUCAUUACCCUAACGAGAUUAGGCGCCGUAAUUUAUGGACCGAUCCCAGGCGAGAAGAGUUCCAAUCUUAAGCGGGCUUUACACGUUAGGAAACGUUUCGAGGAAGAAAAUUGUGACUUGCUUAAGGAAAUGCAUACCAUGAUGCGGCAAUAUUUCGACGUGGAGACAUUGGGUACCAAGGUAAAUGUGACACCAAUUCUGUCCAUAGAUGAUGAACGAGCGUUAAAAAUAUUGAGAGAAAACACGAAAAGAAUCGAUGGGCGAUAUCAGUGUCCGAUUUUGUGGAAAGAACAUUUUUCUCCAAUUCCAGAAUCGUACAAUUUGUCGUACAACCGAUUGCAGUUUGUGGAACGAAAAAUGGCAAAGGACUGUGUAUAUGCAGCUCAAUAUUGCAAAAAGAUAAGAGACUACGAGGAAAAAGGAUAUUGCCGUAAACUUUCAGUAGCAGAACGAGAAAGAAGGAGCGACCGAACGUUUUAUUUGCCACAUUUUGGCGUUAAAAAUCCCAACAAAGAUGGAAUUUGUAUCGUCUUCGAUGCUGCUGCUGAAGUUCAACAAUUUUCAUUAAAUAAAGCCUUAUUACCUGGACCUGACAUAAAUAACUCUUUAAUCUCUAUUCUUUUUAAAUUCAGAGAAUUUCCUGUAGCCGUGUGCGGAGAUAUACAAGAGAUGUUCCACCAAAUUGUAAUCGCCAAAGAAGAUCAGGACAGUCAGCGAUUUCUAUGGAGAAAUGGGGAUCCCAGCCAACCCUUAGAAACUUAUGUAAUGGAACGGAUGAUUUUUGGAGCCACUUGUUCGCCCACCAUAGCCCAAUAUGUGAAAAACCUAAAUGCCCGAAGGUUUAUAAAUGAGUCGCCAAGAGCAGUACAAGGAAACAUCGAUCGUCAUUACGUAGACGAUUACGUCGACUGUUUCCAGACUGAAGGUGAGGCAGUUGAAGUGGGAUGUCAUAAAAAUUCACAAAGAGGGUGGAUUUAAUCUCCGCAACAUCAAGUCUAAUUCCCUUGUUUUACAACGUAUGUUUGGCAACCCUAUUUCUGAUGAAAGUGAUGGCAACCCCUAUUUUUAUGAUGGAAUGGAACGGGUACUCGGUAUUCAUUGGCUGCCAAAAUCAGAUGUUUUUUGUUUUGAAUUAAAAUUACACAAAGUGGAUGAAAAGAUAUUGAAAUUGCAAAAAGUGCCAACGAAACGAGAAAUGUUGUCUUUAAAUAUGUCCGUAUUCGAUCCAUUCGGGUUUCUUGGUGAUUUUAUGGUGACGUCGAAGAUAAUUAUGCAAAAUGUGUGGAAAAGUGGUAUAAAGUGGGACGAGGAGUUGCCGGCCGCGAUUUAUAGCCGCUGGAAGACCUGGCUGGAGGAAUUGCCUAAAUUAAAGGAUUUCAAAGUUCCGAGGUGUUACAGUAAUGGAUUUUUUAAUGCUAUAGUAGAUUUGCAUGUGUUUGUGGAUGCCAGUGAAGAUGCAAUGGCUGCUGUGGCAUACUGGCGUAUAGUAACAAAUUGUGGUGUAAGUGUUGUGUUCGUUAUGGGCAAGACGAGCUGUGCCCCAACAAGAUACCAUACUAUACCUAAGCUUGAGUUGCAAGCAGCAGUAAUUGGAGUGCGAAUGAAGGAAAAAAUUUUGGAAAAUCAUUUGAAGAAUAUUAAUAACAUUUAUUUUUGGUCAGAUUCCUCAACAGUGAUAAUUUGGAUCCGUUCAGAACACCGUACAUACAAACAAUAUGUGGCAAAUAGAGUGUCGGAGAUUCUGGAAAGCAGCCGUAUGGAGCAGUGGCGGUGGUGUCCAGGAGCGGAAAACCCAGCUGACGAAGGGACCCGUGCUAAAAGACCAAAGAAGUACCAGCCAGAAGGACGUUGGAAAAAUGGGCCAGAAUUCCUGAGAAAAGAAGAGAAGUAUUGGCCGGACGAGGGACAAAUUGGAACCUGUGUGGAUCACAGCUAAGAAACAAAUACAAAGUUUUGGUGGCUUGCCAAGUAUGUUUUUGUAUUCCAGAUAUUAAUAGAUUUCAAAAUAUCGUAGGCUGAAACGGGCAAUGGCGUGGACAUUCCGAUUCGUUGAAAAUAUGAAGAGGAAAUCAGUGGUGUCGGGUGAUUUGACGGUGGAAGAAGAAGCACGGGCAGAAAUGUAUCUCUGUCGCUGCGUACAGCAAGAAGUAUAUGGGGAUGAAAUUCUUGACAUACAGAGAACUGGAUCAGUGUCUGCCAACAGCUCCAUAAAGUCUUUAAAUCCACAAAUUGGAAGUGAUGGUUUGCUUCGGGUUUCUUGAAGAAUAGAAAAUGCUGUUUUUUUGUCCCUGGAUACCAGAUGACCAAUAAUUCAACACAAAGGUCAUCGUUUUACACUUUUGCUGGUGGAAUUUUACCAUUCUCGUUUUUGUCACAUAAAUGUUGCCACUACAAUGAGCGAAAUUCGUCUGCGAUUUUGGAUUCCGUCACUUCGUCAACUUUUAAGAAGCGUUCAGUCCCGAUGUCUUGUCUGCAAGAUUCGUAAGGCCAAACCAAUUCAACCACAAAUGGCCCCGUUACCCUUGGAACGUUUCACACCUUAUGUCAGAGCCUUUACCGACACAGGACUUGACUAUUUUGGUCCUGUAACAGUGUCAAUCCGGAGACAACGAGAAAAGAGCUCUUGGAAUAAAAUGGGUCUACAAUACGCCAGUGAAUCCCAGCGAAGGCGGAGUAUGGUUCGUCUUGUCCAAUCUGUUAAGAAGGCUCUUUACAUCAUGCUAAAGGAGCAAGCCCCAAAACUGGAGACUCUACAAGCGUUCCUGAUUGAAGCGGAAAAUAUGGUCAACAGCAGGCCACUUACGCAUUUGUCAGUUACUCCAGAAGACCCAGAUCCAUUGACUCCAAACCACUUUCUGCUUGGAUGUACCAAUUCAACCCAGACUCCAGCACCGUUUGAGCCUAGACUGAUGUGUUUAAGGAAGCAGUGGCGCGUCACCCAAAAUUUGAAGAAUGGCAUGUGGCAUCAGUGGCUUCGGGAAUAUCUUCCAGAAUUAACUCGAAGAACAAAAUGGUGUCUUCCUUCUCGGUCGUUGGAUGUUGGUCGAAGUAUUCAGGGGCAAAGGCGGAGUGGCACGAUCAGCCAAGGUGAGAACGAGUGCCGGUGUAUACCACAGACCUGUGUCCAAACUUGCCAUUUUGGACGUGGAAGCGGUUGGUGACGGAGUUGGUGAAGCCUCCCCCUCUGGGUCAGUUCACGAGGGUGGGGAUGUUGGAGAUGGUAACCCUGCAAUUACCAAAGCUAAAAAGUGUAGCCAAAUUUGAAAUACCAUUGUCAUAAAUGGCCGAAAUAUCCCAAGCGAAGAGGGAGACAAAACUAAAUUUAUGCCAACAUCUUCAUUUUGUUUAUUUUUGUUGUUUUGCUUAAUGUCACUUUUUAUAUAAAUAGGCCCUUCUGGCCAUUGUUUAUUCCCUUUUUUGUUAGAACCCAAAAAUAAAGAAUAAACAACGACAACUAAACUCACUAUUUGUAAACAAACAAACCAAAUAAACGCAGCUUUUUAUUUUGCCGAAA